CGGGCGGCCCGCCGAGACGGGCUGUUUCGCUGCAGACCGGGCCAGGCGUGGGGCCAGGCCUUUCUAUCCGGACUCUGCGCGUGCGCCCGCCCGGCAGCCGGCGGCCGCCGUGUCCGCGCAGCGUGCCUUCGGGGUGUCGCGCUGAUGCACGGGCGGCAGCGCGGGCCACGAUGACAGAUUACGGCGAGGAGCAACGCAACGAGUUGGAGGCUCUGGAGUCCAUCUAUCCCGACUCCUUCACAGUAUUAUCAGAAAACCCACCCAGCUUCACCAUCACUGUGACGUCAGAGGCUGGAGAAAACGAUGAAACUGUCCAGACUACUCUCAAGUUUACUUAUAGUGAAAAAUACCCCGAUGAAGCUCCCCUUUAUGAAAUAUUCUCCCAGGAAAAUCUAGAAGAUAAUGAUGUCUCAGACAUUUUAAAAUUACUGGCAUUGCAGGCCGAGGAGAAUCUCGGCAUGGUGAUGAUCUUCACUCUUGUGACAGCCGUUCAGGAAAAGUUAAAUGAGAUAGUUGAUCAGAUAAAAACCAGAAGAGAGGAAGAAAAGAAACAGAAAGAAAAGGAAGCAGAAGAAGCAGAGAAGAAACUGUUCCAUGGCACUCCUGUUACGAUUGAGAAUUUCUUGAGUUGGAAAGCCAAGUUUGAUGCAGAACUCCUGGAAAUUAAAAAGAAACGGAUGAAAGAAGAAGAACAAGCAGGAAAAAAUAAACUAAGUGGGAAACAGUUAUUUGAAACAGAUCAUAAUCUUGACACAUCUGACAUCCAGUUCCUGGAGGACGCUGGGAACAACGUGGAGGUGGAUGAGUCCUUGUUCCAGGAAAUGGAUGACUUGGAGCUGGAGGAUGGUGAUGAUGAUCCCGACUACAAUCCUGUUGCUGCAGGGAGCGACUCGGACUGACAGACUGUCCCUGAUUCCAGAGAGGCGUGACCGCCACAGCAUCUGUGGCUAUACUGAGAGGGGUGUGGAUCUUCCUUUCGUUUUUUUCUAAGAAAAAACAUAUUUUUCAGGAGAAUAUUCUUCUGAUAGCUUUCAACAUUGAACUUAAUAAACUGCCCAUAAAAUUUCAAAUAUAAAA